GACCACUGACCCAGCUUCAGCAACGACAUCUGCAUGGCCUUACGCGCACUCUACAACAUAGAACUCUGUGGCCAAAAUCCAGCAGCUCGUCGCGAACCCAAACAAAAACAUGAAACCCGCCAACACUUCGUCCGUCCGGCAAGGUGUUCAUCAUGUUAGCACCUAAAAAGUUAUCGUCGAUGCACAUGUUUGUAGGAUUUAGUGAAUGAGAAGCUGUGAUGGUUGUGGAAUAAUUCCUGGCGCAAUAUACAUCAUUUGAAAUUGCAUGAGGGUCAGACCAGUGCAACUAUGGCCAAGUGGCACAACAGAGCAGCCAUCUUAGCAGAGUUCACCAAUUCAUUAUCAAAGGAGUCUGCUGGAGAAGAUUUUGCCAUCGAUUGCUCAAGCAGUGAUGAAGAGGUGCCACUUAACCCAAGAGUGCCAGUUAUCCUGUCCUCAUGUCUUUCCACCUCUACCAGGUUGCCAAAGAAGACAAAAUAUGAGAUGAAUAAGUCUGAAAGUUAUGAUUCCUUCAAAAAACAUCAACAUAACAAAGCUCAUAGUCCUUCAAGACCUUCAGAUUCAGGCCAAGAGGCACCCGCUGCCAGAAGAAAGGGACAUAUCAAGAAUCAGGAACAAGCCGAAGAGAGAACACCUGUGAGUAAAGUAUGGAGUCAUGAGAAAUUGAAUUUGUCUAAUACUGGAGGUUUUUCACCAGUCUGCACCACCCCUCUUACGAGUAAAAUUAAAAGUGAAAUAGACAUCAACGACCCAGGGAUAAUAUUUCCCUCAAGUGAAGCUACUUAUGAUGAAGCCUCAACACACAGUAGUGGAGCUUAUGCUAAUGCUUUUGAGCCUCCGUCACCAGUUCUUGGAUGGAGAAGAACUGGGGCCUGGUCUUGUUCACCACUUAUCAAGGCAAAAAAGACCAAAGUUAAAACCUGCUCCUCUGCAUCUGGUUCUCAUAAGGUGCCAAAGAGAAAGCUAGCCAUCAGUAAGACUGCCUCUGUAAAAAGGCAAAUAAUCACUGAGGAUGAAGCAGUCCAAACAAAUCUGAACUUUAAUGAAGGUAGAGAAGCAGAAAAAGAAAAUCAAAGCAAUUUAAACAUAGACUCAGUCAUUAGUGAUGUCAAUUGUAAUACAAAAACAGGGAAUCUAAAUGAAUCUCAUGGUUAUGACAGAGAAUCCAGAGUGACUCAAGAUGGAAGCCAAGGCCAAGACACAAAUUCAUACCCACUUCUGCGACCUGAAGCCUUUAAAAGUGAGCAGUCAGUGUUAAGCCAGUCAAGUGACCAUUGUAUAAGGCAAGUUGUCCUGCCAAGAUGUGAAGACCAAAGUAAUUCCACGUUUUCAAAUAGUGACUUGCAGUCAACAGCCUUGACAGAUCUCAGUCCCUUACAGGAAACACCAGAACACUGUGUUGAUCACCAAGCAUCUCAGAUCAUUGUUGUGGCAUCUGAAGGAACAGACAGUCAAGUGGACUACAACAUUGAAAUGCCUCUAACACCCAGCAAACACUCCUUGGAGGGAACAGAUGUGUCUGAGGGCAUUGAUAUAUCUGGAGCCCAAGCCUCCCAUGACUUGAGUUUACUAGAAGCAGAGGGCGGUGCAAGGUCUGGCUUUGACUGGGUGAAGCACCUUCAGACACCCCAGAAAUUAACAAACGAUGAGAAUACUGGAGAUGGCGUUGAGUCUUGCAAGAAGAAGUUAAUGAAAGAUGGCCUGGCAGAGCAACUGAAGCAUUUGCUGAUGUCCUGGAGGUCAGACAUCAGUAUGUGGAGCCAUGAGUUGUCCCUCACAACCCUUCGUGGAGCAUCUCCAAGACAGUCCUCACCUCUGCCGUGCAAUGUGCUGCACCCCACUGACGCCAUAAAGGGUGUGGUGAAACUGCAGCCUCAGGAAAAAAAAAGCGAGAUGAAGCUUCUGCAUUCUCCAGCAGUAAGAAACUUGCAAGAUUUGCUGAUAGAGAACUCUGCAUCUACACCCGGUACUCCUCCUCCUCGCAAAAUAUCCCAAAAGUACCUGGAACUAGAACUGUUAGAGGUGGGAGGGUUGUUGCCCACUAAUGCAGCAAUGUGUGAAAUUAUGGACAGCAAUGUGAAGGGCUUCCAGACGUCUAAGAGUAUAAAGACAGAAAAUGAUGAAGGAAAUGAAACGGGAGAGACUGGGAAAAAAUUUCUUGUGUUCUUUGCUCUUAGUGAACACAAUGUUACCUCUCUUUGUAAGCUUGACACUGUUAAAAUCUAUGCUCCUUGGCAAAACCUCAGUGUCCCCGGCCAUGAUGUUCCUGCACUCUUCACCUCCUGCUUCAAAUUCAGCCCAAAAGAGAAGGGACCUCCCCCCUCGCCAGCUGGUAACAGAAAAGGUGUCCUCACCUGGACCUGCAGUUGCUCAGAGAGAACAGCACCAACGUCUUUGUGCAAUGUUCAGUCUUGCUCCUUCCCUUGGGUGUCCCGUGGACAGGCUGGCCACCCUCAGCAGCCUGGCUUGGACUCAGGCUUCACCACUAUCAAGGACACACCUGAAACACCCCCGCGGAAUGGCAAGCUGAGGGCAGGCACCAUCCUUGAGGCCCUAGAGAAGUGUGGUGGUGUGUCAGCAGUGCCAGUCAGCAUCACUGUCAGGCUUCAUCGCACCAUCACUCGAAGAAAGACCUCAGCAACUGUGGAUGCCUGGGAGUUACUGGGACAAGAUGCAGCAGGUCAGUUUUGCUUAGUGAAGAUUCCAAACCGUCCCCUUGCACAGGACCUGAAGAAACCCAUCAGUGACCGGACUGACAGCAGUGCCACCCACACCUUCACCCACCUCACCAUGGCUCAGCGGCUCACCAACACCCAGGACCCUGGGCUGUUUUCUCUGAUCAGCUCCCUGCAUAAAUCUUACCAGAGCACUGUUUUGAGGGACUCUCAGCUACAGCCACUCUUCCAUGACCUGGCAUCCCGUCCCCCUCAGACUUGUUGUUAUGUCUUGAUAGCCAGCCUUGGAGUGACCAAAGUGCUGCAUAAUGAAGAGCAGGUCACACUUCCCAUCAGGCUCCCCCAGUGGUCCCUGCAAGAGGCUCAUACAGUGGUGUGUGAUGGCCAGCGGGGCAGCAUUAGUGUAUAUGCACUGUACAAGUCUGGCUCCAGCCUUUAUGUCAUGUGUCCCACGUCCUGUCAGAAAAUGAGUCCCACCUUAUUCAGUAGAGAGAAGGGAACUGGAAGCAGUUGCAAGGAGGACUCACAAUCACAAGUGAACAUAUUGACUCGCAGAGUUCAGUUAAUGGGAGCUACCUUACCACCCUGGAUUCCAGAGAGUGGCACUGUAAUGGUGACUGUCCUACUAAAGGAUGUUGUUGUAUGGCAUGGGAAUGUGGUUGUGGACGAAUACAGCUCCAUAGAGCUACAGAAGGAGGCCAGAACAACAGUUGAUGUGUUAUCCCUGAAGGAGGUCCUUUCCCCUUUGUCAAGGCUGUCUCAGCAGGACUGUCUCACCCUUGUGUCAGGAACCAUAAUCAAUGUAGAUAAGGAAAAUGCUUUCAUCUACUUGACGUGUGGAAACUGUAUGAGUGACAAGGUGCAAGAAGUAGAGGGUGGCUUGGUGGACUGUUCAUGGUGUGACGGGAGAUCAACUCUUCCAAGCAGAACUUACUCCUUAGAGGUGUGGCUUGACUGUGGUCCUGAUCUUCAGCAUGCUGUUGUCAAGGUGAAGCUGUCUCAGAAAACUAUAGAGAAGCUGCUGUCAACCACUUCUGAGCCACAGGAAGAGGAGUACAGUCCUACCCCCUUGCUUGGCCGCCAGGUGGGACCCAUGGUAUGUGUGUUGCUGCAAAUGGAGCACCCCUCUCGCUUCUCUGCUUGCACCUCCAAGCUGGCUGAAUUGCCUCACUAGCAAGCCACGGUAUAACUCCCAGUGCCACUGCCACCGCCAGCCCCCUUGCCAAGACCUCCCUGGCUGGUGCCGGUGCCAAGACCGAGGUCACCAAGCCUGGCCAGCACAAGCCCAAGCCUCUCAACAACAUUCCCAACAGCCACAUGCAGGAGGCUGCUGCUGCCACCACUGACUGGGCAGAGUCCAGGGCAGUAACUCCCUCAGCCCCACCAACUUGAGGACCAGGGGAGAGAGCUCUGCCCUGGGUUUGGUUGACCCAUUAGCCAUGCAAUAUUGUGCAAUUUUACACAACGAAGCAUACAAGUUGUGUCAAGAUGGUGACAUUAGCCAAAUGGCCUGACAAAUUGUUGCGCGGUGAGUUGUGCGGGACGGGGGGUAGUGUUUGUAAACAAGGGAGUCGUCAUAGUUAUGUGAGUGUGGCCAGGGUCACCUCUGCUUAUGAGAUUCUAUGAAUAUUUCUUUCAACGUUGAUUGCUGUUUCUUGCAAAUGGUCACCUGUAAGAGCUGCUGAGAGAAUAUUGUGAGGGUGCUGUUGGUGGUGGCAGGGCCCGAGAGAGGGGGGGGGGGUGAGCUGGUAUCUCAGCACCAGGGCCCGGCCUCAUAGGGGGCCCGGCCGCCCAGGCAGAUGUGUGUAAAUUAAGAUACUAUGUGGCACUGGGUGGUGGUAGCCAGUUUUGUCUCACUCAGCUGAUCUACAGUCCAGUUUGCCUCAUCCCCCCCCAAACCUGUGGGGAGUUGCAUGGCUAACAGGUGAACCAAACAUGCCCCUGGGUACCAACUAGCUUAUUCCUCAAAGGUCAAUGCAUAUAAUUUUGCAGAGUUGUUUCACUUCAAUUACAAUGGUCCCAAUUAGCUUCAGAUAGCCCCAUUAUUUUUAGUUAAAAACUCCUGACAAAUAGGACAUAUUACAAUGGUCCCAAUUAGCUUCAGAUAGCCCCAUUAUUUUUAGUUAAAAACUCCUGACAAAUAGGACAUAUUACAAUGGUCCCAAUUAGCUGCAGACAGCUUCAUUAUUUUUAAUUAAAAACUCUUGACAUACAGGACAUGUGUAAGGUGCCUCUGUAAUUUUUUUUUCACACAUGCCUUGGCCUUAUUAUGUCUGGCAAAGAAGUUUAAUAAUACCUAAAAACUGAAAAAUAGGACAUAACAGAGAUCUGUGAUUUUCAGGAAUUCAUACUUUGUCAAAGGAACAAUAAAAUUGUAAAACCUUGUAUAUAUUUUGAAGAUGAUAUAU